GUUCGCGCACAGCACUCACAAUGCAUGCGUUUUCCGGAAUUCUGUUGCUGAUUUUUUUAAUCGGCGUGUUGGGCGAAUACUGCGACAAUGGAACAGGGGAGUGUAAGGACUUGACACCUACUGACUGUCCAGUAAUAUUCUACAACCAGCACCUGAUUGGAUCCGAGGUCAAGUACUGCGACGAGUUUAACGAUAUUGUCUGUUGUCCGUUACCGCUGGAUCAUCAAAACCUAAAGCCUGUUGAGCAGACGAGGCCUUUUGAGAAGCAGUGCAAGCAGUACAAUGAGGCCAGAACUGCCUGUCGCUCCACGCCCUUCAUUGUGGGCGGCACAAAGGCGUCUGGUCGGGAGUUCCCCUUCAUGGCGCUGAUCGGCACGCAACGGGCUAACAAGUCUAAGAUCAAUUGGGACUGUGGUGGUUCUGUGGUGCACCCAAAAUUCGUACUGACAGCGGCCCAUUGCCUGGAGACAGAUGAAUCAAAAGAGGAACGAUUGGACCCAAGCUUCGAUUCGCCCAAGUUUGUUGUCCGUCUGGGUGACCUUGACUACAACAGCACUACCGAUGAUGCUGACGUUCAGGAUUUCCGGGUGGUUAACUAUGUAGUGCAUCCGGGCUAUGAUACUGAGGACGAGGAGAGAGGAUUUAAAAAUGACAUUGCUUUGGUGGAACUAGAUCGGGAGGCGGUAUUUAACGAUCAUGUUGCGGCAGUUUGCCUUCCGCCCAGCAGCGGAAACGAGAAUGAACAAGUAACAGCCGCUGGCUGGGGAUUCACUGCGGAUGGCGUAAAGUCAUCUCACCUUUUGAAGGUCAGCCUUCAGAGAUUCACGGACGAGGUGUGCGAGAAACGCCUACGUUUUAGGAUUGAGACGCGCACCCAGUUUUGUGCAGGCUCAAUGACUAGUGAGGCAGACACCUGCAAUGGCGACUCUGGAGGACCUAUCUUCGUGCAGCAUCCUAACUAUCCGUGCCUGAAGCAAGUGAUCGGUAUUGUCUCAUACGGACUGGUGUGUGGUUCCCAAGGUCUUCCGAGUGUCUACACCAAAGUCCACCUAUUCACUGACUGGAUCGAGAGUAUAGUGUGGGGCACUUGAUCAUUAUCACCAAUCAUGACAAUACCAGUCAAAACUUCCGUAGUCCGACCAAAAUGAAAUCGAACCCUGAAGAUUUCAUUACGCAAAAUUGAUUUAAUUUUUAAUUGUACUAAACUACUAAAUAAACUUCUUCGGUUUAUAAGGUUUAAAUACCAAAA